UUGCCAUCCCUGGUCAUGUCAUAACCUUAAAAACGAAAAAAAUAUUUUCAUUGUAAACAAACAACUCGUAAUAAGAAUAAUUCAGUUAAUGAAAUAAACAUAAUUCGAACAUGAGUAAUAUUUAUAUAUUGGAACCACCUACUUCUGGAAAAAUAUUGAUGAAAACAACUGUUGGGGACAUCGAUAUUGAAUUAUGGACUAAAGAGGCUCCUAAAACUUGUAGGAAUUUCAUUCAGCUUUGUUUGGAGGGUUAUUACAACAACUUGAUUUUUCAUAGAGUUAUUCCUGAUUUCAUUGUACAAGGUGGUGAUCCUAAUGGGGACGGUACAGGUGGAGAAUCGAUAUAUGGAGAACCCUUCAAAGAUGAAUUUCAUCAAAGACUCAGAUUUACCAGGAGGGGAUUAUUGGCUAUGGCAAAUGCAGGUAAAGAUGAUAAUGGCUCCCAAUUCUUCUUUACUUUGGGUGCCACACCGGAGUUGCAAAAUAAACAUACCAUAUUCGGUAAAGUAACAGGAGAUACAAUUUUCAACAUGAUAAAAUUACAAGAAGGGCUUAUAGAAAAUGAAAAACCAGAAUAUCCACAUAAAAUACUGAAAACAGUUGUUUUGAAUAAUCCCUUUCCUGACAUAGAACCAAGAGUUAAAAAAGUUGUGUCAGAAAAAAAGCAAAAGAAAGAAAAAAAAGUUGGUGUUAAGAACUUCAAGCUUUUAUCAUUUGGUGAUGAAGCAGAAGAAGAUGAAGAAGAGUCAAAAAGAGAGAAUGAAAAACUUGUAGCAAAGGGAAAAUCUAGUCAUGAUGUUCUAGAUGAUCCUAAACUCAGCGCUGAAACAGAAUUAGUAGAAAGUAAACCAGAAGAUGAUGAACCUGAUCAUCAACAACAGUUGGAGAAUAUUAAAAAAAAAUUGAAAGGUUCAUCUAAAAAACCAAUUCCUGUGAAAGCAUCUAUUGAUGAUAAAGAUGAAGAUGAAUGGGCUUAUGGAGACGAUAUUGAAGAAACUAAAAAGAGAAAAGUUGAAGAACUAAGAAGGGAAAUAAAAAAUGUUAAGAAAGAAUAUCAGUCUAACAAAUUGAAAGCACAAAAUGAGGUCAAAGAAAAAUCCAGCAAAGAUGAACAAAAGGAGAGCACUAUACAGCAAUAUAAUGAUGAACAUGAUAAAUAUAGGGACAUAAAAAAAACUCUCCUUAAGAAAGGAUCAGAGAGAGAACAAUUCACAUUGAAUUUAUUAGAAAAAUUCAAGAAAAAACUGCGUGAUGCCAAAGAACAAGAAGAUGCUGAGAAGGAAGAGAGUAAACCGGAAGUUCAAGAAGAUAAACAAUGGAUGAAUCACGAGUUUCAUUUUGAAGAUGAUACUCCAGUAUUAGCCAAAGAUGCCAAUACUAAAGAUGAUGAUUGGUUUGAAAUUUAUGAUCCUAGAAAUCCAUUGAACAAAAGGAGGAGAGGAGAAACAACAAUAAAGAAUAAAAAAUAAUUGUAAAGUUGUAAAUAUUACCACUUAUAAUUUUGAUUUUCUACUUAAUUUAUUGAUGAAAUUGUAAAAUGUUAAUAAAGUGGAGUAAUCAGAGAA